AUGAAGAGGAGCUGGGACUGGGGGGUGUUUGGCCUUCGCAUUCGUGAGAGGGACUACGCAUUCUCAAAGUGGCUGGAUGGUUGUGUUAUGCGUUCGCGAUUGGGCUUCGCAUUUGCGGAAGAGGAAUUGGCCCAGUGGAGUUUUGUGCAUCGCGUUCGCGUGAACAAAAAUUCUGCCUAUGAAUUUAUCUGGGAUGACUUUAGGUUUUCAGUCUUAGACUAUGAAGCUUCAGAAAUACUCCUUAAAGCUGGAUCAACUGAAACCAUUGAAAUGCCUGCAACAGAGUUAUGUCAGGUGGGAAGUACAUUUAUCUGGGAUGUUACCAUUGUGAGAGGGGAAGUGAUCUAUAAGGAGGAAUUUGUGCUAGAGGAGGAGAACUCUUACACAAUUAUCCUUCAGAAGGAGAAGAAGUUGAGCUCACCAAUUCGCAACACAUUCAAGAAUAAUGAAGCUGGAAAAGUUGUGCUGACAAUUAAGAACACUUCUAGCAAGAAGUAGAAGGCGUUUUACCGACACAAGAUCAAGAAAUCA